UUCGAUUGCUCAAAAUUCUGCCGGCCAAAAGAAGCCACAGGUGAGGCCCUUUUCUCCAUUUACGUCCUUCACCAUCUCUUCUUCCCCUUAAUUCUUUCAGACGAAGAGAGCAAUCAGCAAUGGAAGCUUCAAAGAGUAUACCACACGAAAUCGGUGGAGUGAGAAGUGAUGCUUUUCGAUUCGGUCUUCAUGGUGUUAAGAGUGACAUCGUCGGAUCUCAUCCUCUCGAAUCUUCCUACCACUCCGCGAAGGUUAGGCAAGAGGAGCUGAAGAGGAAGAUCCUUGCCAACACUUACGGGUCGGCUUUACCUAUGAAGUUGGAGCUCGAGCUCCAAAUUCUUUCAAGAUUUCAGAGGCCAUCUGGAAGUAUACCAUCUUCAAUGGUGGGCUUAGAGGCUUUAACAGGAGCUUUGGACGACUUUGGUUUUGAGGAUUAUCUAAAUGAUCCAAAGGAUUCUGAAAGUUUCCGUCCAGCUGACAUGCAUCACGGCAUGGAAGUGCGUCUUGGACUUUCUAGAGGACCAGUGUGCCCCAGUUUCAUUUAAAUCAUUUGACGUUUCAUUUCAUGUUUUAUAAUGCUGCUGGAGUGUACCAUUUCGAAGCUUUAUAUCUUGGUUAUUCCAAUAUAUUUGUGUUUGAAAAAGAGUGAUAACCUAUAUGACUUUGUUUUAUGUUGAUUUUCCACUACACUAAUUUGAAUCACGCUCCUCAGUUUCUUAUUAA